UUCAGGGACACUUGGGUUCCUCUCUUGGGUGACUUGAGGGGGACAUGCUGUUGAAGCAAUGGGGUCUCCAUCCUUCUCCAUCACAGGAUGUAAGUGCCCACAGGCUGUACCAAACCCCUGUGGAUCUGGGGUUUGCAACCAGGGCUGACCUUGCUUACCAGCCCCAAGAAGCAGAUUAUAGCUGAGACUUUUGAGGUCCUGACUGUCCCCAAGGGGUGGGUCAGGAUCCAGCUGUACUGCACUGGGAGCUUUUCAUAUCGGCUUUGUGGCUCUCCACUCCAUGCACUGUGCCUUGGGAACAGCCCUGGGCUGGUGAGGGCUGUGUGGACAAGUGGAUGGGCAUGUAGCCAGAAGAAGUCAAAGGCUUAGUGUGCCCCAGAACCCAUGAGCUGCCUGAGCCCUGUCUCAGUGGGGUGCCAGCUAGGGAGUGCACGUGCCCUGUGCCCCAUACCAGUAGCUCCAGGAAUGCCAGCUCCAGUUUGUGCCAUGGGAACCUGCAUGGAGCCUGGAGGAAACCACCAGCAUGCUGUGCUUGGAGUGGCUGCCUUCCAAUGCCUUGAUUUGAUGUCAAUGUCCUGCUGUGCCCAGCAUCCCAUCCCAGCAGUGCCUUGGCCCCCCAUGAAGUGACAAAGGGGGAAGAAGUGUCCCCGUCUGCCCCAGCCAUCCUCAGAGACAGAGUCGGAGCAGUUCCACCAUGCCAGGUGUUCAUAUCCAAUUGCUGGGAUCACCAGGAGGCUUCUGUUUUGGGGUGCCCCACCACAAUAACCUUUCACCCUAGUGGGGUGAGCCAGCAGUUCCUGCCCCACCGGCAAUGCACGCUGUAAUUAGCAGGGGCAGGGCGGAAGCAUCACUGAUAAUUGGCAGUGACUCUUCAGCACAGUCUCACCUGCCUGGGGCACGGCAGGACUUUCCGGCAGGGCUGGUCUGUGGGACCGGCUGGCAUCCCGGUGUGUCGACUGCCGUGCGGGGCCUGCCUGGCUCCCCAGCACCAAAGUGGGGACACGGUUGGGUGCAGAGUGUGGGGGCGAGCACUGUCAUCGCCUUCGCUUCGUGACGCAGCACGCCCUGCUCCCACCAGCCCUUCCUAAAAGGCACAGCUGCGGGGUGUUGCCAGCGCAGACGGUGAGAGCACGGGGACCAGGCAGAGGUGGGCAAAGGAAAGGCAGAGGGCAAGGGCUAAAGGGGCGCCGAGGUUUGCCUUUGCUGGCUGGGCUUUUCUCACGGGUCUCCUGUAGCACCUGCGUGACCCCACAGGAGGGGACGUGCCCCACGUUGUGCCCUCACAGGGGCAGGCACCCACAGCACCAUGAACCGGAUCACGGUGUACGAGCGUGCCAACUUUGAGGGGCUGAGCCGCGAGUUCACAUGCGAUGUGCCUGACCUGCAUGAGCUGGAUUUUGGGAACUGCAUCGCCUCUCUGAAGGUGGAGGGGCAGCCGUGGAUUGCCUACACAGAUCCCAAAUAUGAGGGGGAAUCGUAUGCCUUCGAGGAGGGCGAGUACGCCUCUGUGGAUCGGCCCAACAGCUUCUCGGCACUGCGCCUUGUGCACCAUGACCUGGGGGACCCCCAGAUCACCCUCUACGAGCACCCUAACUUCCAAGGUGCCUGCAAGGUGGUGACAGAGGAGACCAACUUGGCGUACGGGUACUUCAAUGACCGGGUGGCCUCCCACAUGGUGCAGCGAGGUGUCUGGCUGCUCUACCAGCAUCCCGACCGGGGCGGCUGGCACUGCCUGGCAUGGCCUGGCGAGCAUCUCGCUGAUUACAAACUGGAGCUGAAUUUUCAGUCUCGGCUGUCCCACCUGCGCCCGCUACGGCCCGGGCGGCCCCUGGUCUCAGCACGUCUUCUUUGGGAACAGAAGCGGGUGGAGGAGGAGCGGGAGGUGCUGGUGGAUGAGAUUGAGGGGGUGAACGAGACAGAGUCGGAGCAGGCGCUGGCAGCCAGCAGCAGCCGGGAGUACGGCACCACACUCUGGCAGAGCUUCCACUUCAGCAAUGCCACCAGCCUCAAAGCCGGACUCUCCUUCACGCUGACCGUGGAAGCCUCCAACAUCUUUACGGUGCAGAAAGGGCGCAGCGAAACCAGCAUUCGCCGGCAGCGCGUGGAGGUGCAGCUGCCGGCGAAGAUCCCCCCGCGCACAGCACUCAGCAUCCAAGUCCUUCGGAAGGAGGUGACGCUUUCCGUCCCGGUCCUGCUCACCAUCACCCAGAACGAGAAUGUCCGCACGGAGAUGGGCGAGUACCGCAGCGUCUCAGGUACCAAUAUCAGUGCCCGCUAUAGCUUAAAGCCAUUGCCAGCUACAGGCAAGGAGCAGGCAGCCACCAAGGGGGCAGACACAGUACCUGGCACCAGGAUGGAACUAUAGCUCCGUGCCAGUGCUAAGCAAUGGCUGUCCCCUCCGCAGUGUGGGACUCACAGUUACACCAGCGUUGACUCCAGCACCCACCCAUGGAGGAGCCAGGGCCUGCCUUGUCUGGUUGUGUCCGGUGGCUUUGGCUGGCAGGACCUGCCAGUGCCUCUUCUCACCCAGUAUUUCCAAUAAACCCUCUUCUCCAACCACUCGAA